AUACGAGGGUUUAUGCAAUCGCAUAUGGAGGGGAUGGGAGUACGAGGCACUAUAUGACUACAUAUACGGAGUAAUAGCUAAUAUAGAUGCUAUGAAUUAUGCGAUCUGCUCGGGCUUUCAUAUCUGGUAUGGGUUAAUACCCAGCAUUAUGAUAUCUUUAGGGUGUUAUGAUAUUUAUGACAUCCUAAGCCCAGAGGUGGUCAACUCCACACGAAAUUGGUCUGCCUCGAUGAUCCAGAUGGCCACUGAACUAUGCACAAAUUCGAUGAACGUAAUCAUGCAGGACACCGGGAGAACGCUCCAAACCGAUGGGGACAUCACAUUGGGGGUAGGGACCAGCCCAGAGACGGGACCCUUCGACCCUCUCGGGAUCAGAGAAGAGGAAAAGGAAAUAAGAGUAGGAGGAAUACAUAAAGUAGUACUAAUUAAAGUAGUGAGUGUCUGCCUCGCAACUUGUCUAUUGAGCACUAUUUCCUAUACAACUGUCUGCGGAACUAUGUAAACAAUUUGAUAAUGUUCCAUCAUAAAAAGAGAGCUUAGACAGGUGAACAAAGACAGAAAGUCUUAGAUAUGUCGGAUCUUAAGAGGGUGAAGAAAGGAACCUCGCCGACCCUUCAUAACUGCU